GUUAUGUUAUCUAAUAUGAGAUCAGCAUAUGUGAUGGAAGAUGUUGGGCUCAGUGGUAACAGGGGAGCUAGGAGCCAUUCAGCUCAAGGUCUGAGUAAUCUUAUGAGUAGUCCUGCCAUGAAAAUACCUCUUCCUCCUCGUUUGUGGAUCACAGAUGUGGAAGACGAGUCUUCUGACGGGACAGAUGCUAGUGAAAGUGGAGUUCUAAUAGAGAGGGCUCGUGUCAGAUCCAGAUUUCGUCAUUAUAAACAACGGUCAAAUAUUCUUGUGCCUCUUGGCAUUUUUUGGGAUAUUGAGAACUGUCAGGUACCACGAGGUUGUUCUGCAAUAGAUGUGGUAGCAGCAAUCCGAGCCAAGUUCUUGCAGGGCAGACGAGAAGCUGAAUUUGUUGUAGUAUGUGAUGUUAGGAAAGAAGCCCCUACUCGACUUCAGGAAUUAAAUGAUGCUCAGGUAAACCUCAUCCAUGUAUGUGGGACCCAAAAGAAUGCAGCAGAUGAAAAACUAAGGCAAUGCAUGAGGAGAUUUGGUGAACUACAUUCCGCCCCAGCAGCUUUACUUUUAAUUUCGGGUGAUAUUAACUUUGCUGCCGAUCUGAGUGAUUUUAGACAUAGGAAAAACGUGGAAGUGAUAUUGGUGCAUAAACAAAACACGUCAUCUGCCUUAAUCGCGUGUGCCUCCUCUCAUUAUUGCUUUAAUGAACUACUCGCACACUUGCCAAGGAAUCCAAAGACUUUAAGCCAAACGGAAGAAGAAGAAGUGCCAACAUGCGAAAUGGAAGUAGCGAAUUUACCGAUGGACCAACCAGCGGAGCGGGUGUCUCGGCGGUUGCGGCGUCUGGCAGACAACUGCGGCGGGAAGGUCUUAAAAGUAACCGCCAAUACUGCCAUGCUGAGAUUCCCCACUCCUGACCAUGCUUCACGAGCACUGAAGCGUAUGGACGGCGAGGAUGUGUUCGGGCGGAAGAUCAGCACGCGUUACGUGCACAGCAUUCUGCAGCCCGCGUAUUCCAGUGAUGAGGGCUAUGGCACCGCGACCGCCGCACUCCCACCGCAGAGACCUGGAUUCAUGCAGUCGACAUCACCAGCACUGCAAUCGGAGUCGCCGCGCGAGGGUAGUGUAACCGACGCGUUGGGCGCGCAGUGCGCGGCUAGCGAAUGGGCGCUAGCACUGCAGCAGCUGCCCGCACCGACGCCACCGCCGCUCGCGCACUGCCCGCCACCAGCCCCGCGCCCGCGUAAAAUUCGAGGCACCCACGGUUCAGUGAAUCUGGACCGUUCGGGUUGCUCGUCGAGCAACAGCGGCGAUGACCGGCGCGAGAAUAGUAGCCGUGCAGUGUCUCCGUGGAACUGCUCGGGCAGUUUCAGCGAACACAGCGAGGGAGAAGAUGUUGCUGCCGAACUGACCGUCUCCAAUCUACCGCCUUAUGAACCCAGCAGGCUGCAGGAAAUGCUGACUCGUCUGUUCACCCAGUACGUUGGCGUGGUUCGCAUAUGCGUGUGGACAGGCAGCGACGGACCGUUAGCCAGCGUAGUAGUACGCUCCGAAUGGGACGCACGUGUUGCCAUCGCUCGCUUACACAAACGCCGAUUGGAUAGCCAAUGGUCCGGACGCCGUCUGGAGUUGUCUCUGGGAAGGCCUUCACCUGCGCCCAAUCUAGACGUACUCCGUGCUCGUCUGCGUGCCAUCUUACGUGAUCAGCCCAAUCAUAACCUGCCGUUACUGCGCUUACGUGAUGCCUAUGCUAGUCGUCACUGCUGCGCUCUCACUACUUCUGACCUCGCUAAGGUAAAGGACACUGUAGUAACUCACGAGGGCUUUGGACGCAUGGUGCAGCUUGUGGACCUACGGCCCGCAACCGACUCGGAACUGGAGGAAGCUCCGUGGAAAUGCCACUUGCACGCCGGCCCAAGUACUUGUCAUGAGGAUGGCAGUCGUAUCUUGCAACCUGUUUAUAUGGAGAUAGAUACCUUGGCCAAACGCGUCCAGGUGCUGCUUGAGAGUCACGGCGGAAUCCUGCCACUGCUCAGCUUCGUGGAGUGCUACGAGGCGCGGUUUCCGGCCCUGGUGGCGGAGCCGCGACGCGGCGUGGCGUUAGAGCUGCUGCUGCGCAGCGCACCGUCUCUGGCCGUGCGCGACCUGCCCUCGCGCCAUCUUGUGUGGCAGCCCGAAGGCGCACGCGCCGUCUCUCCACCGGACCACCUCAGUGAAAGUUCUCAUUCGAGCGCAGACCGGGACCGCCCUCGCACAGCACCUGUUCUAGAACCAAUGCUAGCGUUGUUCGAGAGGGAACUUGUCGACCUGCUGCGUAGUGCGACGCGUUGCACCAUCCCCUUUAGCAAGCUGAUACCUGCCUUCCAUCACCACUUCGGCCGACAAUGCCGCGUCGCCGACUACGGUUUCACCAAGCUGCCUGAUUUGCUGGCUGCUCUUGGGAAUACUGUGAUCGUGUUAGGGUCAGGCUCGUCCCGCGUGAUCACGCUUUCUGCAUCAGCCCAAAGCCGCCGUUGGACCUCCGACCUCGUCAAAUUGCUUAAAAGCCAGCCUGGCCGGUCGGUGGCUGCUCUAGACAUCGCAGAGCUCUAUCAGGCAACGUUUGGCAAGCCCUUCUCGCCAGCGGAUUACGGCGUGUGUACUUUGCAUGAGUUAAUGCAACGCGUUGCUCCAAAUGCUGUCUUGCUUGCUCUGGAUGGCACUGUUUCAUUGCCACGUCGUACACCAACGCCUGAAGAGCGUGCUCGUUUGCUGCAGUUUGCUAUGCAGGCUGUGGAACUAUUGUGUUACACCCCUAAUCUACGCAUGGAGUUCUCUCGCUUCGUGCCCGCGUACCACGCGCACUUCGGCCGUCAGCUGCGAGUAGCGCACUAUGGUUGCGUGAAGCUCGUCGAGCUUUUCGAGCUCAUUCCAGAGGCCGUGUCGGUGGGCGUAGACCCCAGUGGCGAGCGCAGUGUACGCCUUGCCCCCCUCGCUGCGAGAGCGGUGAUGGCACAGCGAAUGAAAGCCCUGGCACCGAUCCCGCUCUCGAACCUGAGCGCUGCGUACGCGGCGAUGUGGGGCGCGGCGCCGCUGCCGGCGGCUCUGGGGGCCGCGUCUCUGGAGGCGCUGGUGCUGUCGGCGGGCGGCUGCGUCGAGGCGGGCGUGGUGCGUGCGCCGGGGCAGGCACCGCGCUGGGCCACGCAGGCGCUGGCCGCCGCGGCGGCCCUGAUCGCCGACCGCAGCGUCGCGAAGGGCUCCACACAGGAGUAUUUCGCUAACGCAUUCCGUAGACUCGUAGGCAGCGAACCCCAGGUAGCGCAAUUGGCGGCAGCUGAAGUCAUAGAGGUGUGCGAUCGGCGUGUACAGCUGACGCCCACCUGGCGCGCGGUGUGGCGCGUGGCCAGCUUACUGACCGAGCGAACUACUGCCACCACUGCCGAGAUACUCUCCGAGUACACCCGUCGAUAUGAGCCCAAUUUCUGCGCUGAUAUGGGUUUAGAAGGCACGGUGGAAUUUUUGCGCGCGUACUGCUCAGUGUUCACGGAGGUGGAAGGCGGGUGGGGGCUAUGCCCCGGCGUGACUGUCCCGCGUUGCCGCGAGCUGCGUCCGAACGAGGACUACUCCGUACAUGACACUCCGCCUGGUCAAAAAGGAUCCAGUGUGUUCGAUUCGCCAAAGAUGAGCCUGUGGUGCUCUCCACCGGCCAGCGCCCUGCCGGCGCCUACCGCCCUGCUACCACACGACAAUAAACGUCGUACUCGACUGGCAGCGGCGUUCGACUCGGUCUAAUAUUCCAUACCCACCUAAACUACGAGUAAGAGAAUACCAUUCCUUUCGAAAGUAAAAAUUGCAUGUGUUCCGAUAUCACAUGAAGCUGAGGAUAUUACCCAGGGUCGCAACGAAUUUUAUCAACUAGACUAUUUUACAAAAUGUCCUUUAAAUGUGAUGUCUAUAACAAUAAUGUUUUAGAUUGUCUAUAUUUUUGUGUGUUUAUUUAGGUUUAAGAAUUAUGAGCGUUCAUUAAAAUGUUAUAGAGAGCUCUGAUUUUUCGCGAUCUUGAAACAUCAUAUUUAUAUUUUUACCCUCCAUUUUUUUAAUUUUUAUCAACUUGACUACGUGAUAAUUCAGUUUAAACUGUGAUAUUUAGUUUAUUUUCCUUUUUAUGUUUUAGUCUUUCCUAUUGCUAUAAAUUAGUGCCAGGUUGACAUGUCUGGAGAGGUUGAUAAGUGUAUUUAUGGUUGGUCUCGACUUGUCAGCGUGUUUUCUACAUUGCGUCCAUACUAUACGUGUGUUUCAUACACGUUUAGAAUGGGCAUAGUGCCGAUGCGUGGCUGAUAAAUUGGGUGCAACCCUUAGUCAACUAUUUCUUUUAUUUUACCUUUUUGACAUUUGUAUAUAUUUUAUCUUAGGUUUACUUUGAAGGACUGAAACAUAAAUUAGACAUAAUUUAUUAUAUUUAUGUGAAUAUACUGCGAUUUGAACUGGAACUGUCUUGAGUCUAAUGAAUCAAAGUGUUGAAUAAAAGCAGGUUCUAUUUUAAUACCAUCCACUUACAUACAUUUUUUGGCAUAUUGUAUGUUUUUGCCAAAUUUAUUAGCCGGGUACAGAUUAUUUGCAACGUAUACACUACACUUUCCAUCACGUGAGAUGGAGGUCAAAUGCGUACUUAUAUUUUAUAAAACAAAAAUAUGCAAUGCAAUAUUUCUCAUACAUUUUAAUAAAAUGCACGCGAACACACUGUGCGCUCUCUACGCGUGUUGUGAUCCGUCGAUUGUCGGCUUUUCGACAAACAAACAUUUUGAGUGCGCGCAGUACCAUCCUUAUAUAGUGAUCGCGUUGCAUUGAAGUUGCGUUGCAAAUAAUAUGUACCGAUUUUAGUCAUUUUCUUAAAAUGCAUAAAUUUUAAAUACGGAGUGCCCGUUUCAAAUCUAGACAAUUACGCAAAACAUUCGAAAGUUUCUUGAUUUGUGUAAAUGCAAAUUCAGGAAGCAAAGAUUAUUGGUUUAUUCAUUUCUAGUGAACGCUUCAAAUAAGGCUUUAGUUUCUUGGAAUUACUACAAUGUCACACAUAUCAUUUUGCGAUUUGAGGCUCAAACUCAAAACAAUUAGUAUAUAAGUUUACGUAAACAUUUUUACGGUGAUGUAUAGUACUUCUCGAGCUCCUGUAACAUUUUCCGAACGCUAAACUAGAGUACAAUAAUCAUAUGUUGUUUUUUGUCAAUAAAUUUUAUCCUUUGAUAUUGAUCUCCAUUAAUUGUACUUGAUUGUGCAGUAAACAUUUGUUUUGCUUUUAAGAUGUACGUAUUCGCUGAUGUUGUUGUAAUUAAUGUUGUCCUAUUUAAAAUAUCAAGAGUUUUGAGGAAAUUUAGACAUGUAUAUCAUUAAAUUUUGUUUCUGUAUCAGUGUGUUGAUACAAGAAACAGUGCAAUCAAACAAUGUUAAGUCAAUUAUAAGAUAAAUGUUUUUGAUAUAUUUUUAAGGUAAGUCUCACUGCUUUGAUAUAAUAUGCUUGUAUCUUGAAAGUGCAAUUACUUCAUCUACCAAAACAGCUUAAACUUCACAAUCCAUUUUCAAAAUUCGGCAUAGAUAAUUAAAAUAAUUUGUUUUAUGCCACGAAGCUGAAUGUAUGGCCAGUCCGAUAUAUGUUCCAAAGGACUGUCAGAUUCAACACACAAAUUGUAUUAUUAGGUAAAAUUAUGGUCAGUUUUAGUUAAAAAUGAUAAUUAAAUUUAGAAAUAUUAUGUAAAUAGUGUUGGUAAGCUAUCUUGCACAAAGGCAUUCUGUGAUAUACUUGUGUACCAAUGAAUGCCAUACAUUUAUUUUAUAAUUAUACAAAUCGCUGUACAAGUACACAAGUUUUAAGAAAUCGUAUGUGUAUAUAUCUAUGGUGUACAUAUUAGUAUCAGAAGGAAAUUGAUGUACAGCAAUAAUAUUAUAUUUUAAAUGUAAUUGUUCAGAAACAUACUGUUAAGAUUUGAAGAAGUCGUUUACUUGUGGGAGAAUCCCAUUUUGUAGAAAGUUUUCAAAAGCGCCUAACAGUUUGUGAAUAGGAUUACUAUAUAGUUACAUGGAGUUACAGGUUGUGAGCUAGGUUCUUCAGUAGCGUAGCUGGCAAAGAGAGGUUUCUCAAUUGCAAACAUAUACCUGUUGCAUAUCUCUCCUAGCUUGCCGCUGACAAAACUACUUAAUAUUACUGGCACUAUUUACACUACUAUUGUGGAAUGUGAUUGUUUAAGCUUCGAAAUGUUUUUGAAUAUUCAGAAUGAACACUUUUUACGAAGGCAGGCCC